AUAAAUAUACCAGUUAUAAAUGCGUUAGAACAUGCUGAAAUAAUGGAAGAACCAAGAAGAUUUUUCCAUAUUAGUUCCAUAUUUUCCACUUUGUUCUGUUGGACGCAGCCAAUUAAAGUUCGUCGUAUCGUAUUUUUGGUCGAUAUUUGCAGAAAGUACAUAUGUUUUCCAAUGUUGUCAAACACAACGGAAAGCGUAUACGUUUCUAGUUGCGAAUAUUACACAAUUAAAUUCAAGAAUACCGUGUCAGAAACGUAUGCGCUUAUUUACUAUUCGCAACGUGCGUAUACGUAAAGUUGCGUAUAGAUUCAAGAAUAGGGCCCCUGGAUUAUUAUUUUUCAUAAAAUGAGCAGAAAUAGCUCAUAUUAAAACAUAAAAAAAAAUCGAGAGAUCUUUCGAUUUUUUCGCACAAAACUUUUAACGGUUUCAAUAUGAGUCAGUCUUCUAUUUUAAAAAAUGACCAUGUAAUUGUAAUCGUCAAUAGUCAGCGGCCAUACAUACACAUAUCGAUAGCAAUAAUUACUAGAACUACAGCCCGAAAACGGCUCAAACACUUUUCCCCUCGGUGCGCGUUCACUCAUCUGACUUUUAUAAUUAAUAACUUGACAUUUAUUAUGAAUAUCGCAAAACGAUAUAGAGUUCUUUUGUUCGCUUUAAACCGUUCUACACUGUCUAUAUACUAUAGCACACUUGUUCUGGGACACUCUGUAUAUCUGUUGUUAUUAGUCACACUGUUACAUCGUCUGUACCUAAAAUGAGUCAAAGGUUGAGCCUGAAUUUUGAAAUAAAAGGGAAAGAAGAAAGAGUGUGAUAGGAAAAAGAAUGAAACAUAUUAGAUUAAACGAAGAAGUCCGAAUACCGUUAGGCUCAACGUACGUCCAAGCUCUUGCUACGGCUCUGAGUUGCUUAUCCCUCCUCUGAAAUAAUUUCACUUGUUCUGUAUAUCCCUAUCGUCACGCAAGUCAGUUGUGCAUUCUAUCUUCGAAUAUUUUCCUGAGCUGAUAGUCAGACAAUUGACUGCGUUCAACAGAAGCCAGUGAUUAGUAAGUGCUCAAUAAUGAUUAUUAUCCGCGAUUUAUAUCUCUUUAGAGCUUCUAUAGAGUUGAAAAAAUGAUAUGCUAAUUAGAGGCAAUAUUCCAAGUAUCGAUUUGUGGUGGAGUUGAACGUAACGAUCAAGAGUGUACAUUUAAAAAGAUACCAGGAAAGUACCACAUUUUGACAUUCAGCGCGCAGGCGUGCUGAAAAUGUUUUCAGAUAAAUAAGUAAUUAAUAUCGUGGAAAUUGUGUGACGCAUGCAUAUACACAUGACGAGCUAGCGGGCAUUCGUGUCAUGAGCAAACGAAAAAAUUGUUCUGAAGGCCGGGUUCUAAAAAAUACACGUCGCGAUGAUACUUGUUGGCUCGCAGCAUUUCGUGACGCCAUAUUGGGAUUCGUUUGAAAUUUGUGCGGAUGAUAUGUCGAAGUUCGAUAUAUCGUGAGGCAAGCGAAGGAGGUAGAUGAAAGAUUACGUAUAUCGUUCAAUAGAACGAAGUUAACGGGUCCUGGUAAAAUUCACAAGCAGUCAAUCAAAUCGUCAGAUCGUUGAUCGAUUGUCGAGAACUUCGUUUAUUUAACAAUUCUUGUUUGUAAUGUUAUCCUUUUAUCGUCAGAAUUUGUAACAUGGCGUCAACUUAACACAUUCUCAAGGGAGCAAAUACAAAGUGGUGGAUUAACAAAAGUCUGUUGGACAUUCCAAUUUUUUAUCUUUAAUCAGGCGGAAAAGAUGAAAAUUAAUUAUAAGCAGCUGCCUGUCAAGGCGCAUUAUUUUUUUUUCAUGGCGGCGAUGGGCCCGAUUUUACCAUUUUUAUCAGUUUACGGCAAACAAUUGGGCAUUUCUCCGUUAGUUAUGGGCAGCAUCACCGCAGGUCUACCUAUAUUCUUCCUGAUCGCCAAAUCUGUGUUCGGCUUUGUUGUGGAUUAUUUCCGCUCUCAGAGAAAAUUAAUCUUUAUGCUGCUGCUCGCCGCGACAAGCGGCUGUUACAUUUUAAUGUACUUUUUGCCUAUAUUGCCAGGCCCGCUGCUGCCAGAUCAUCACUUUCAAAACGUUUCCUGCGCGUCUUUAUCACCCUGUGAUAUGAACCAUCAUACUUCAACAUUGGCAUUAUGUAAUGGUACAAAAGACACUACUUGCCACUGGAUGUGCAAGGAUUCCAAUUUUUCUAUGCGAGUAUCUUUUCAUGUAGCUAAAGGAGAAGCAAGCAUCUCGCCGAGUACAACAUGCUUGUUACAUAUGAACGAAACGUCAUCAUGUUCGCACAGUACGAAUUGCGAAGUCACCUGCGACAAUUUCGACGACGAUCGUUGUCUGUACACGUCCAUCACUUUUUGGGGCUUUAUUCUUUUAAUGUCUCUCGGGACCAUUGGUUUUAAUGUUUCUAACAGCAUAAGCGACGCGAUUUGCUUCGACGUGCUAGGCGAAGGCGGAGAAAUGGGAUAUGGUAGGCAGCGUGUAUGGGGUACAAUCGGUUUUGGCGUUGUGGCUUUUCUAGCUGGCUACACCAUAGACUUGUGGUCGCAGGGAAAUAUCUACAAAGUUUACACACCAGCUUUCCUCCUUGUGUUCGUGUUCACCUGCGCUGAUUUGCUUUGCUGCCGAAAAUUGGAGCUGCCACUUACUUCAAGACCGACCAACAUAUUAAAGGAUGUACUUAUGUUACUGAGAUUGAAACACAUCGUCAUAUUCUUGUGUUUCGCUACAUUUGCUGGUAUUCUUGAUGGUUUUAUGAUUUAUUUUUUACUCUGGUACCUAGAAGAUCUCGCUAUGGCAACUGGUUAUAUGGGUGAAAUUAAAUUGAUCGAAGGUCUAAUAGUAGCUGCAGAGACUCUCGGCGGCGAGAUAAUAUUCUUUUCUUUAUCUGGCAAAAUAUUGAAGAAAUUUGGAUAUGGUUAUACUUUUACCUUCUGUUUCGUAUGCUAUGCACUGCGACUGGGACUGAUAUCACUAGCGCCAACACCAUGGUGGGUACUUCCAGUGGAACUGAUCAUGCAGGGAUCAACAUACGCACUCUGUUACACAACAAUAGUAGCAUAUGCGAGUGCAAUUGCACCUCCCGGGACAUCAGCCACCGUUCAAGGGGUUAUGGCAGGAAUGGACGAUGGAUUUGGAUACGCUCUUGGCAGUUUGAUAGGAGGUAUCCUGUACAAGAAAGUCGGCGGUGCAAUAACGUUAAGGAUAUUUUCAACGUUCGCAGCAGUUUGUGCUUUAAUGUACUUUAUUCUUCACACUUUGUACUUAAAACAUAAAAUGUCAGACACACGUAACAAAAUUGAAUUUAGAAAGCCCGACGAUGCACGAGAACACUGCGUAGUUGCAGAAACGUAGUUUUAUGUAUUUUGAAAUAAAAAUAGAAAGUGUAACGUAAAAUAUAUAUUGCAAUUAUUAGAAUAAUAAGAAUACUCUUCAUGUCUAUCCAAGGGAGAAAUGGAAGAUUGAAUAGACGUCGAUUCGAUGUCUUUUAAAUGUCAUCGACGAUUAAUCGAUGUCGAAUCGAGUCGAUUCGAUCUUGUUUCUCUCUGGGAUAUAAGUGCCAUUUUAAUGUAUAUGGUCUGACUGUGUAUAUUUUAUAUGCGGAUUUAAAAUGAUACA